AGUGCGCCUAUGUUGUUGGAUGGUAGCAAGUUGACUGCCGCUCCCUCAAAGCAACAAAGCAUCCCAUUUAUUUAAUAUCAGUAAUCUACCUGGUGGAUUUAGAAUGAGCACUAUUAUUAUUUGACGUCACCAAAGCAUCCCGAAAACGGGAUUAGAAGAAAGUUCGGUUGGAGAAGAAGCCGCCGACAUACAGCUGCAGGUCUGUUUGAGCGAGGAGUGGACACAUGUCGUCUGCAGCAGAGACUAUGGAAAAUGCCUCCAUCAUUUCAGACAGUGGGGCCCAUGAUGGAAACCGCUUGUGGAUAGGCAACAUCGAUCCCAAAAUCACUGAGUAUCACUUGGUGAAGCUGUUAGAAAAGUUUGGCCAUGUGAAACAGUUCGACUUCCUGUUCCAUAAGUCGGGUCCUCUAGAGGGGCAACCGCGAGGCUACUGCUUUGUCAACUUCAACACCAGAGAGGAGGCCGAAAGAGCCAUCCAGUGCUUGAAUGGCAAGCUGGCGCUGUCUAAGAAGCUGGUUGUGCGUUGGGCGCACGCACAGGUAAGGAGGUUUGAAGGUUUCCGUAACGACAAGACGAUGCCUUCUAGCUUGGAGCCGUCAAGCAGCGGCGAGGGAGCCGAGGGAGCCUUGGCAACGAACCACCUCAGCACGAGCGCUAAGAUCCGCGCCAUCGAGGCCAAGCUGCAGAUGAUGGAGGAGAAUCCAGACGAGGAGUACUCGGGCCCGUCUGCCUACGUCUAUAACAAGCCGCCAGAGAGGAAGCGCUGGGAGCCCUACUCUAAAUCACACAGCAGGCCCUUUCGAAGGUUUCGGAGAUGACCCGUCCUCCAACUUAGCCUGGAGAACCCCCACCCAAACCCUUUUCCCCCUACACAUCUCAGGCCCCCCAACCCAUCCCAACAAGGACUUUUUAAUAUGAAAAUUAAAGACACUGACAUUGUUUGCAGCACUUUUAGGGGUGAAAAAGGAUGGACAAAUAACCUCAAGUCAUUUGGUUGUGUUGUGUUACAGUACCAUUUAAGUGUGUGUGUGUGUGUGCGUGGGUGUGCGUGGGUGCGUGCGCGCGUGCUUGCAAUUUCCAGGAUGUUCUGAAUCAUUCUUAUGAAAAGAAACAUUUUUAAAUCCGGCUGUGUAAACAAUACAUUGUGACAAGGCUUGCAAAACUGUUGUGAAAUAUUUUAAAAAGCAGAUGUGUUGGCUAUUUUUUUUCUUCAUAUUUUUUUCACCAACAAAUCUUCAUUCAAAUAUAUAUUUUUAAGCUAUGAUUGUGGAAAUGCAGACAGUGGGUCAUAGACAGACCUUGAAAAUAAUGUGACCUGCCAUGCAAUUCUGAAAGGAUAUAAAACCUCAGAGGACAAAACAUUAAACCCACAAAUGCUCAUAAUGUAUAAUAAUAAACAUUUGUUUGACUGUUGCGUCAUGUUGUCCCAUACAUUUAGUAUGGCUGUUGGAGUACUUCUAAAAGUAAAAUGGCCCCUGUUGUGAAAGAAGGGUUCUGUACACCAUGUUUAGGUGAAUGUGUGUGUGAUGUUUUUUUUUUUUUUUUUGUAUUAUUAAAUUUGAUCUCAGCAGCAGAAAUUGA